AUGCCGUUGCGGGCCCGAAGGGCUUCGCCUGGGACAGUAGCUGUUCAUCGUAAUGGAUUUCAAGUCCUUACUGUCAAUGUUAGAUCAAUCCGAAACGAGGGAAAAUUGAAGGAGUUCAAGAAAUCGUUGGAAACGGAAGUGAUCAGCAUGAAUUCAACAUCCCCCUAUACACGACCGUUUUGGCGCUUCAGCAUGAGAUGGAUCGACGAUGCUGGCAAGAACCAGGCUUUCGAUGGAGCGAUCUUACCCUGA